AUGGAGUCACACUCGCUCAGCGACGACGAUAUGCUCAUGGGUGAGAUCCUCAUGUCACUCAAGCGGGACCGCCCCGCCGGAAUGGAUACUGUCAAGCUCGAGCCGCAACAGCAGCCGAGCUACCGCAGUAAGAUGACCGGUCUGUCCGUGGAGGUAUCACUGCCCUCUGCGCCCUCUGGCGCCGAGAGCCCCGCCGACGUCUUCAAUUUCGACGCGUUCAGCUCCGUGAGUCCCAUGGCUUACAAGUUGCCGCUGCACCCUGUAGCUCCCACAGUAGUAGCGCCACCCACACGGGCCGUGACAGCCACGCCUCGCGGCAGCAGCAAACGCUACGGCCCUGUGGUGCAGCUCGAGGACUUGAGGGAAUGCUUUAACAUGCCUAUCGCCGCCGUCGCGCGUAAAUUCGGUAUCUGUGCCACGUUGCUCAAGAAGAUCUGCCGUCGUCACGGUAUCCAACGCUGGCCGCAUCGACAGAUCCGCAGCUUGCAAAAGAGCAUCGACAUGCUGCGUGAAUCGCUGAGUGUGGCCAAAGGCACCAACAAGGAGUACAUUGCCAAAAAGAUCGCGGCCUUCGAGUACACACUCGAGUGUAUCAUGCAAGACCCCAACACGGCGGCCAAGGGUAUCUCUGCAGGGCGAUUGGCCUCCCCAGCUACCGAAGAGAUGGUUAAGCGCGGUAACCGCGCCAGGAGCCGCAAGAAAGCAGCGGUGUCCACUACGGUGCAGACCGCUAUGUCCGACGAUGAAGAUGCCGCGAGUGGGACUGCUACUUCGUUGGUGGUCGCACCGUCACAACAGGACUGGACGGCUGAGAGUGGUGCGCCCGGACCGUCAGCGGAGCGUCUUAAUACGCGCCGAGCCAGCGUGCCAAUGUCUCUCCAGUCCAUUCUGUGCUGA